GUUAAUCAGCUGACCGCGGAGGGAGGAGGAGGAGGAGGAAUAGCAGAAGAUGGAAGGGAACAGAGACGAAGCCGAAAAAUGUAUCAACAUCGCCACGAAAGCCCUUGAGGCAGGAGACAAAGAAAAGGCUGUGAAGUUCCUGAACAAGGCGGAGAAGCUGUACCCGACUGACAGAGCUAAAGCUUUGUUGGAAGCUUUAUUGAAGAAUGGAAGCUCAGCAGGUAACGGCGCGUAUCGCAGGAGGCCCAAAGAAGGCUCAGAAUCGGCAGGUUCCCAUCCUGCAGGAGGAGGGAGUCAGGAGUCUGCUGGAGGUGACUCUAAAAGCUUCACAGAGGAGCAGGUGGAAGGUGUGAAGAGAAUAAAGCGCUGUAAGGAUUAUUAUGAAGUUCUCGGGGUGAACAAAGAAGCUGGAGACGAGGAGCUCAAAAAAGCCUACAGGAAGCUCGCUCUCAAAUUCCAUCCAGACAAAAACCAGGCUCCCGGAGCAACAGAAGCCUUUAAAAAGAUUGGGAACGCUUAUGCAGUGCUGAGCAACCCAACAAAGCGACGGCAAUACGACCUGACGGGCGGGGAGGAGCCGAGCAGCCCCAGCCAAUCCCACGGAGGAGGCUUUGAGUUCCACCGAGGCUUCGAAGCCGACAUUACGCCUGAAGACCUCUUCAACAUGUUCUUUGGGGGCGGAUUCCCCUCCUCCAGCAACCACACAUUCACCAACGGCAGGACCAGCUACAGCCACCACAACGAUUACCGACAGGAGAGGACCGAGGAACGGGGAGAUGGCGGCUUUUCAAUGUUCAUCCAGCUGAUGCCCAUCGUGGUUCUGAUCUUGGUGUCGAUACUGAGCCAGAUGAUGGUGUCCCCCCCACCCUACAGCCUGUACUCCAGACCGUCCACAGGUCAGACUGUAAAGAGACAGACUGAGAACCUGCGCGUCGAUUAUUACGUCACCCGAGAUUUCAAAUCGGAGUUCAAGGGCUCGGCCCUGAAGCAAAUAGAGAAAAACGUAGAAGAGGACUACGUCACUAAUGUCAGGAAUAACUGCUGGAAGGAGAGGCAGACAAAAACAGACCUGCUCUAUGCUGCUAAGGUCUAUAGAGACGACCGCAUGCGGAAGAAGGCAGACCUCAUGACCAUGGACAACUGCAAGGAGCUGGACAGACUAAAUAACCUGUUUAGAGGCGGAUGAGUUGAAGGGCUUGUAGAACAUGUGAAUAGAUGUCUAAGUUUUUUGUUUGUUUUUUAAACAAAGGCUUUACACUAGAAGCAAAGGAUUAUUAAAUUAUUUAAGGCCUGUUUAAGGUUAAAAACGUCCCACACCUCAUAUCCCAUCCUGUGAACGGCUCUUCCUCGUCAUUCCAGCUCGCUCCCAGGAAUCGCCUUGUUGCAUCCAGAUGAGCCACUCUGCACUGUUGAAUAUUCCUUUUUUUUAUAUAUAUAUAUUUGAUUUGCUGGUAACCAGAAAAACAAGAGACACCUGAUUGUAGAGAUUAAGUAGAGAGAACAUUGGCUUCCUGCAUCAUCCUCAAUACACAAUGGGGGAAAAAAACAGCGCAUUCAUCAUGAGACGCUCUUCAGUCAGAUCGACGUCGCAGAGGAGCAAAAGAAGCAGACGGCUUCCUCUUUUCUCUCGAUGGAGAAAAGGAAACGGUUUAGGGUGAAACAAAAUCAGUGAACAUAGGCACUUUCAUCCACAAAAAGCUGUUCUUUCAUUUCCAAAUGUUUAACAUUUUGCCACUAAGUUAAGUAACUAGAAGAAUAUUUCUCUGCUGGACUGAUCAUUAAAAUAAAGUCAAACUGGUACUGUA